AUGGUCGACAGUCGUUCAUCAUCGAAUACGGACGUUGCCCAAUGUGUAAUACCCGAACAUGUUGAUCAAGGACCUGGAAACCUACAGCACAACACAGCACGCAAAAGGCCAUUUCUAAACACUCAGCCCAAGAUCAUCAUCGCCGGUGCAGGGACUGGUGGCCUCAAAGCGGCCCUGUCCCUCCAUGCAGCUGGUUACACCGACAUCCACAUCUUCGAGGCAGCGUCACAACUCACAACUCUUGGCGUCGGUAUCAACGUGCAACCCUCCGCCAUUCUAAUUCUUCGCAAUCUCGGACUCCUGGAAGCUUUCGAGAAAACCGGUGUUAAAACGCAAGAGCUCAACUUUUACAACCGCCACGGCCACCCCAUUCUUAGCGAGCCGCGAGGUCUCAAGGCAGGCUAUGCGGUGCCUCAAUUCAGCGUUCACCGCGGCGAAUGCCAGAUGCUGCUUCUGAGUGCCGUCAAAGAGCGAUUGGGCGAAGGGGCGGUCAACCUCAACCACGCUCUGACAGGGUUCUCACAGGACGAGAAGACCAUUACAGCAGAAUUUUCGCAACGGCGAGAUGGUGCGACGGCAGGACAGUCAAACGUCACAGUCUCGCCGCGAUUCUCGGGCCGCAUGCUCUGGCGCGGCUGUAUCGAGCGUGAGCCGUACCUCACCGGAGCAUCAAUGGUAUGGGCCGGUCACGCCGAUCAAAAGUUCAUUGCCUACCCCAUCAGCCAACGUUCAGCGGACAAGGGCAAGAGUCUCGUGAACUGGAUCGCCGAGCUCAGGAUACGAGACAAGGACGAUGAGGAUCUCACUCCGCCAAAGACAGACUGGACGAAAGCGGUCGACAAGUCUGUGUUUGAGGGUCCGUUCCAAGGAUGGCGAUGUGGUGGGCUCGAGAUGAAAGAUCUCAUCGACGCUAAUGAGAAGGUCUUUGAGUUUCCCAUGAGCGAUCGGGACCCUGUUGAGCGUUGGAGUUUCGGCCUUCUCACUUUGCUUGGCGAUGCUGCGCAUGCCAUGUACCCGAUUGGCUCAAACGGCGCUUCGCAGGAUAUUAUCGACGCAGAGACUCUUGCGAAGCAACUUGUCGAGAACCCAGACGAUGUGGUGGCGGCGCUGAAGGCAUACGAGUCGGAGCGGUUGCCAGCCACGUCCAAGAUUAUAAUGGCAAACCGAGGAAACGGACCAGAUCACGUCUUGCAAGCUUGCGAAGAAAGAGCGUCUAACGGUUUUGAGAAUGUUUAUGAUGUCGUCCCGAAAGAUGGACUAGAAGACAUUGGUCGGGUUUACAAGAAGGUGGCUGGCUUCGAGAUGGAGAGCGUGAACAAGAAAGCACAAGAAACAGAGGGUGUUAGCGAGAAGCUAGGAUUGAAGAGUCCGGCUGAGUGGAUUUAGGCCUCACAACUAUGUACCCGAAGAUUGACACUUGGCACCCGGCUCCUUGAGGAAUCCUAGUUGACUGUAGCAGGAAUAGCAGAGUAUCAAUAUGUCACUGGUUACUCUAGUACCUAGGUCCCCCAAUCUAGAGAUACGUUAAGCGAAUUGUGAUUCACAAGUAGCUUGGAUUCGGAACAUGAAGUCAUGCGGGUUUUAGUUUGGCGUCUCUCAGGACGACAAGUGUUGAGCAAUUGGCCUGUUCUAGGAAAUAUAGAACCAGUAACUCCGGCAAUAAGCUGAGCCGGG